AUGUCGCAACAGACAGCCGAAAUGUCUACAGCAAGCGCGCCUGAGAGCAGGCCUGCAAAAUUGACGGGGAGGGAGUUUUAUAAGAGCAUCGGAAGCCCGAAAUAUAUCGUGGCUCCCAUGGUGGAACGAUCGGAAUUCGCCUGGAGAAUGCUUACACGUUCUUUCAUGGAAAAGGACCAACCACAGCGCGUCCUCGCAUACUCGCCCAUGUUCCACGCCAGAUUAUUUAAAGAAAGCGAUGGUCAUCGCGCGCAGUGCAUACAGCCCAUGCGCCAUGACGAUCAAACCGACACCGAUGUACCAUUCCUCGACGGCAACCCAGCCAUUGACCGACCUCUCUUUGUCCAAUUCUGCGCAAACGAUCCUAAUGAUUUCCUCGAAGCCGCGCGUUUAGCUGCGCCGUACUGUGAUGCGGUUGAUCUCAAUCUUGGAUGUCCUCAGGGCAUUGCGCGCAAGGGACACUACGGUGCUUUUCUGCAGGAAGACUGGGAUUUGAUUUAUAAAUUGAUCAACAAGCUGCAUACUGAGCUACCUGUACCGGUUACGGCCAAGUUUCGUAUUCAGGAGACCAAAGAGAAGACACUGGAGUAUGCUAAAAUGAUACUUUCGGCCGGUGCCAGUAUAAUCACGGUUCACGGACGACGACGCGAGCAAAAGGGACACAACACUGGAGUUGCGGAUUGGAGCUAUAUCAGAUAUUUAAGGGACAAUCUUCCUCCGGAAACGGUCAUUUUCGCGAAUGGAAAUAUCCUAGGCCAAGGGGACAUUGAACGUUGCCUAGAAGCUACGGGAGCCGAUGGAGUCAUGAGCGCCGAAGGAAAUCUAUCGGAUCCUACUAUUUUCGGCAAGGUGCCAGAAAUCGGACAGGAAGGACGUGAAUACUGGCGCGGCCGCGAUGGGAGAGGAGGUUAUCGCGUGGAUGCAGUCUUUAGACGGUAUCUCAAUAUUAUCCAUGACUACGUUCUCCGCAAUCCUGUGCCAGAGCGCAAACCGCUUUUCUUACCGUCAGAUCCAGUUGACAAUACCCCCGAACAAACCAAAAAUACACAAAACGGCACGGAAAACAGCGAGCAUAUCAAUGGCAAGAGGAAAGCUGAAGACGAUGGCCAUGAAAAAGCGACUGAACCACCUAGCAAGAAGCAAAAGCGCAACAAUAAUGUGAGGGUGUCAGAUCCCAAUCUUACCGCCAUGCAAGGCCAUUUAUUCCAGCUUCUGCGUUCCUUGGUUAAAGAACAUACUCAUAUUCGCGAUAUGCUUGCUAGGACACGAGCCGGCGAUAUUGCCAGGUUUGAGCAGAUCUUAAGCAUGGUCGAGGAUGUCGUCAAAGAAGGAUUAUUAGCAUACGAAAAGAACCCAGAAGCAUUCGAUAAGAAGCCCCAGGAUGCAGAGAAUCUCCAAGGAUCUCAAGCCACGAUUGCGGAGUAUGGUCGUCCAUGGUGGGUAUGUCAGCCAUAUGUUCGUCCUUUGCCGGAGGAAGCUAUAGCGAAGGGAGCGAUGCGAGUGAGCAAGAAGGAUCAGAAAAAGGCAGCGGAGGCGGCUGAAGCUGCUGCUCAUUCUGUCUUUUCCAAGACUGAGGCCACACCUUCUGCGAUCUCUACGUAG